AUAAACCUGAGUAACACUGUUACCACAUUCACCUGGGAAGACUAUGACAUGGAAAGAUUAUAUGUGAAACUGGAAAAAUGUACCUUUGACCAUCAUCCACAAUGUUAGAGAAGAAACAGGCAACCCAGGAGCAGAAGGGGUAAACGGAACUGCUUUAUUGCCCACACACAUUUACCUCAGACAUUCAACACAACGUCUGAGUGGCAACCAACAGAUAUACAGACACUUUGCAUUUAUAUAAUCCAAAAUAUCAGAGGUCUGUACAAGAAUGAAUUGAGCCUCAGUAUGCCUAUGAGGUAGUUUAAAAAAAUGAAGAUUUUCCCAUAAUGUCUCUCCAGGCAGGAUCACUAACUAGCUACAAUAGAACACAGGGCUUCAAACAGCUAAGUGCUCAAAAGUUGACCAAACAAAGCAAUAAUGUAACUGUCUCCAAAUCAUUAUGUUCAUGGAAUACUACAGUGUUUGUUCCAGAAAAAAUAAGCUGUCUUGCUCAGACGCCUCAAAUUUCAGUUCUCUCAGAUGAGUAUUCCAGGCCAGCCGUGAUUGGGCAUUCAGGAAAUUUUAGUUCAUUCCUGGACAGUACUGCAGCCAUUAAAGAAAUUCUUGUAUCAGUUCUAAAUGCAUCUGAUAUUAAACCAUCUUCACUACCAGAGAAAACUGCAUUGCAGAAAACUGAAGAUCCAGACAGUGAUAUGGAACACUUGGAGGAGGGUAGUGAUGGUGAUUCUAAUGAUGACACUGACUUAGAUUAUACACCUCAUAAUAUUGCUUCUACACAAAUGGACAUCAGAUUUGUAAGGCAUAAAGCAUCUUGGGAUAAUACCCAGUGUAAUUCUUCUAAAUCUUCACUGGAUUCAUUAUCGUGCCCACUUUCUCCUGGCAGAAGUCCCAUCAGUUCCACUUCAAAUAGCGUCUCUUAUUCAGAAAUGGCUCCCCUGCAGGGUGAUUACUUUACUCAAGUGACAUUAACUGGAGGUACUGUGACAUCAUUGGCAAAAUCUGCUAGUAUGUGUUCAGAAAAAGAACUUAAAAACUCUCCAAGUUCACCAGACCAGCCUUUGGCUUUUAAAGGAAUCUCUCCAGAUUCAACAGCUAAUGAGCUGUCAGCACCAUUUAGAAAUGUUGAGACUUCAGAACCUGUGACACUUCGAGACGAGGACAGCAGUGUUCUUCCCCUGAGCGCCCAGUCAGCACCCUCAGAUCAGCAAGGUGCUACUUCAGCUUUAACCAUUGGAACUGUUUCCCGGAACCGUUCCUUGCAGGGUAUCGUCACGCUUCCUAUGGACGUGGAGAAGGAGAAUGCACACUUCUUUAUUGCAGAUAUGAUCAUAGCAUCUGUAGAAAAAAUGAAAUGUAAUAUCCUAAGUCAACAGGCAGAGCCCUGGAAUGCGGUGGAAACAAGUGGAUCAAUAGGCAGCUAUCAGACUUAUUCAGAAAUAUCCUCUUACACCAGAAUGAAGACACAAUCUGCUUCUUCUGCAUCUUCGGACAGUGGCUGUGAAGGUUGUGCUGUGCUGCAGGUCAGGUCAUCAGUAAAUCCACCGUCGUAUCAUGAGACUGUCAGAUUUCACUCCGAGAGUGACUCAGAUGAUGAAUUUGUAAUUAUUGAACUUGAAGACUGGGGAAAUAUUGCAGCAUCUCCGGGUAAAAGAUUAUCUUUUGAUCCGGGCUGCAAUUCUGCUGAAGUCACAGCACAGAAGCUUUACCAAGCAUUCAGGAAACGUUGGUUACAGACAGAAACUGACAUUCAGCUGUCUCGCUGCCUGAAUACAACUAAGCAGAAAUUUGUGAAUAAAGAAAAUAUUCCAAAGGAACUUGAGUCUAGUGGGGAUCUGGCAGAAAAAAUAAAGGUCAAAUCCAGAUUAAGAGGAACCACAGGCUGGGCCCCACCUAGAUUUCAAAUAAUAUUUAGUAUUCAUCCAUCACUCAAGAGAGAUGCUGUGGUAGCUGCACAAAACUUUACUUGUGCUGGUUGUGGAACCCCAAUAGAACCGAAAUACAUCAGGAGACUCCGCUAUUGUGAUUACUUGGGGAAGUUCUUCUGUGACUGUUGCCAUAGUUAUGCACAAUCUUCCAUCCCUGCCCGAAUAUUAUUGAAAUGGGACUUCAAAAAGUACUAUGUCUGUAACUUCUCCAAACAUCUCCUGCACAGCAUAUGGCACAAACCCAUCUUCAAUGUGUCAUGUAUCAACAGAACCCUCUAUGCAAAAGCAAAAGAACUAAACCGAGUCAGGGAGAUACAAGAACAGCUUUUGCAUAUUAAAAAGCUACUGAAAACUUGCAGGUUUGCUGAAAGUCUAUUGAAAGAAUUUGAACAGGUGUCCAGCCACCUGACGACAGAGCUGCAUCUGUUCUCAAUGGAUGACUUGGUAAAGAUUAAACAAGGGGUGUUAAUUCCUACUCUUAGGGAUAUUCUAAAAAGCUCCAUAUCUCAUGUAGAGAAUUGUGAGCUUUGUCAAGCCAAAGGAUUUAUUUGUGAAUUUUGCCAGAGCUCAGAUGUACUUUUCCCAUUUCAGAUUGCCACAUGUAAAAGGUGUACAGUUUGCAAAGCGUGCUUCCACAGUCAGUGUUUCAAGUCUGGAGAGUGCCCCAAAUGUCUGAGAAUAGCUGCUCGGAGGAUGUUUGCAGAAUCUCCAUCUGUGGUUAUGUGACGCUGAAUGAUAAUGAUGAAACUCAUAGAUCACUUUUAAGAAACUAGAUAGAUAUUCAUAUGGUGUCUGUCUAUAAGCCGGGUAAUGUUGUUUUAAACAUUUCUACUUUUAAAUUAUCCUAUUACCUUAAACUAUUUUAAUGUGACUUUUUUUUAAAAACAGCUUUUAAUAUUAUCUUUGAAUACCAGUCCUGAGAGAAAGUAGUUUUAACUGAUCACAUUAAACUGUAUGUUAAUGCCCUCAUUAAUAUUUUGGUGCUAUUUGGUGUUUUAUUCUUUUGUUUCGGAACUUAGGUUUUUAUUAUUUUAUAUUUGACAUGUUGACAGUUCCCAUCUGUAACACCGCAUACAAUGUAUAGAAAAUAAACAAGAUUGAAAAACUCAUUUAUUUAAUGUUGUCAGAUUUUUAUUAUCAGCAAGAGAUGAUUAAAAUAAGGAAUUUUCACUUCUCUAUUGAAACAGUAGUACAGAAAUGCCUUGACCUGAAAAUAUUAUGCUGGUAAACAUCCUAACUCAAAAUGGUGGGUC